ACCAGCGCUCAGUUCGAGCACACACAGGUUACACAGGUAGNAAGGGGAAUGGUGGACUUUCACGUCUUUCUGGCCUGGAUAUUUGGAGCUGGCGACCUAGAAGACAAGGUAGCUGCAUGGAGGUAAUUAAGGAAGUGAAAGCGGCGGGCCCGAAAGGGUUAGCGCCAUCACGUGACCGGAACCGUGACGUCCUGGGCGGGGCUAGGGGAGCCGCUCCAAACAUCCUGGCCAGAGAGACUGGGAACNGCGUCCCGUUAGGUACCUGUUGGAGCCAAGUUGUCUCUACUCCCACUGCUGGCGAGUUACCCUGGCCUGGUUCUUUUCGAAAGCCGAAAACUCUCCUCAGAUGCGGUUUCCUGUGCUGACCUGGGAGAGUCAGCCNUCAGUAGCGCAGCGGCGGCCACCACAGCCCGGUGGCCCAGGAACCUCCCAGGGUCUGUUAACAUUCAAGGAUGUGGCUGUGGAGUUCUCACAAGAGGAAUGGGAAUGUCUUGACUGUGCUCAGAGGACAUUAUACAUGGAUGUGAUGUUGGAGAAUUACAAGAAUCUAUUUUUUGUGGAGAAUCUGUGCAUUUGUCCUAAAUAUGAGGAUGUCCUGGAUCAAGACACAAAGCAUAUUGUUCACAAGCAUGUAAACAUUCAAAAGAAGUCUUAUAAAUGUUAUGAGUAUGGCAAAAUCAUCCAGGAAUACACCCAAAGUGUACUUUACCAAGCUAACUUCAGGGAUACACAUGUUGAGUCAUCAAACAUAAACAGGCAUGAAACUGGAAACACAAGAGAACCUUGCAAAUAUAAAAACUGUAUAAACUGUUUAAAUUUGUGUUCUAUCAUUGGUCUAAAUCGAGGAAUCCACAUUCGAAAGAAAGAACACAAUGGUACAGUGCUUGAUAAGGUUUUUAACUCUAAACAAAUACUCAGGCUGAAACAAACCAAUAGUGGAAAGAAACCUUACAAAUGUAGUGAAUGUGCCAGAUACUUCACCAAGAAAUGCAAGCUUAGACAACAUCAGACAAUUCAUACAGGAGAGAAACCUUACAGAUGUAGUGAAUGUGACAAAUGCUUUUUUCACAAGUACAGUCUUAGUAUUCAUCAGAGAUUUCAUACAGGAGAGAAACCUUACAAAUGUACUGAAUGUGACAAAUGCUUUACCUUUAAAAGUGAUCUUAGAAUUCAUCAGAGAAUUCAUACAGGAGAGAAACCAUACAAAUGUAUUGAAUGUGACAAAUCUUUUACCCAGAAAGGCCAUCUUAUAAUUCAUCACAGAAUUCAUACUGGAGAGAAAUCUUAUUAUAAAUGUAGUGAAUGUGACAAAUGUUUUACCUUCAAAACUAAUCUUCGAAUUCAUCAGAGAAUUCAUACAGGAGAGAAACCGUACAAAUGUAGUGAAUGUGACAAAUCUUUUACCCAGAAAAGCCAUCUUAUAAUUCAUCAGAGAAUUCAUACAGGAGAAAAACCUUAUAAAUGUAGUGAAUGUGACAAAUGCUUUUCCCACAAAUGCAGUCUUAGUAAUCAUCAGAGAAUCCAUACAGGAGAGAAACCAUACAAAUGUAGUGAAUGUGACAAAUCUUUUAUUCAGAAAGGCCAUCUUGUAAUUCAUCAGAAAACUCAUACAGGAGAGAAGCCUUUUAAAUGUAGUGAAUGUGGCAAAUGCUUCAUGCACAAACGCAGUCUUAGUAAUCAUCAGGGAAUUCAUACAGGAGAGAAACCUUACAAAUGUAGUGAAUGUGGCAAAUGCUUUACCCACACACGCAGUCUUAGUAUUCAUCAAAUAAUUCAUACAGGACAGAAGCCUUAUAAAUGUAGUGAAUGUGGCAAAUGCUUUACACAAAAAUGUAGUCUUAUUAUUCAUCAAAGAAUUCAUACAGGAGAAAAACCGUAUAAAUGUAGUGAGUGUAACAAAUGCUUUACCCACAAAGGCAAUCUUAGUAUUCAUCAGAUAAUUCAUACUGGAAAGAAGCCUUACAAAUGUAGUGAAUGUGACAAAUGCUUCACCCACAAAGGUGAUCUUAGAAGUCAUCAAAGAAUUCAUACUGGAGAGAAACCUUAUAAAUGUAGUGAAUGUGACAAAUGCUUUAAUCACAAAUGCAGUCUUAGAAGUCAUCAGUGAAUUCAUACAGAACAGCCUUACAAAUGUAGUGAAUGUAACAAAUGCUUUGCCCACGAACACAGUCUUAGUAUUCAUCAGAUAAUUCAUACAGGAGAGAAGGCUUACAAAUAUAAUGAGUGUGACAAAUGUAUUAAUCACAAAGGUGAUCUUAGCAGUCAUCAGAGAAUUCUAUAGGAGAUAAGCCUUAUAAAUGCAGUGAAUGUGACAACUUGUUUGUUCACAAAUACAGUCUUAGUAUUCACUAGAGAAUUCAUACAGGAGAGAAUGCUUAUGAAUGUAAUGAAUGUGAAUUCCUUAGACAUAAAUGUAGUCUUAGCACUCAUCUAAAAAUGCACACAUUAGAGAAUAUUUACAAAUAAAGCAAAUGAGACAAACCCUUCAUCAUCUUAGAAGUCAUCAAAGAAUACAUACAGGAGAGUGACCUGUCAAAUGUUCAUGUUCAAAUCCUUUAUUGUUAGCUCAUCUUUGACAGUACAUCAGAGAAUUCAUGCAGGAGAGAAACCUAACAAAUGUAACAUGAGGAAAAAACUUUACCUGAAAAAAUAGUUUCUGCCGGAAAACAUGUGGCAUGUAUUUUACCCAAGGAGAAUUCUUUGCAACACUUGAGGCUUCACACUAGAGGUAAUUAUGAAUAUUAGGAACUUGUGAAAGCAUUUAAAUACUGUUCAAAUCUUAGAAACUAUGAAGCAUUUAUGCUGGAGAAUCUCUGAAAAUAUGGCAAUGAAGAAAAUUUUUCAAAUUGUUCACUAUCAGAUAUUCCAUACUGAAGAUAAAGUAGAGAAGCCAGAAGAAUCUGACUUUCAUGGAGACUGAAAUAAUAUAUUUCAGAGGAAAUCUGAUUAUGGUGGAUAAUACACCUCUCAAAAUAGAUAGUGACACCAAUAGCAUUUUGUAUGUUUAACUCAAAUGAAGAAACUCAGACAAAUCGUAUUUGUUAAAAGAGGAUUUAAUAAACUGAGCCACCAAAAUGGAAUGCUCUUCAUGCCAGUAUUUCUACAGAUACAGAUUGUCCUCAGUGUCAAGUAUUCAUAAUCUGUAUCAUGCUGGUUUCAAGUUUCAGAAUAGAAACUGUCUUUGAGUCCCUUGGGCUCUGGUCACCAACUCCUUUCCCCACGGUCCUGUAUAU